UGAGUUUGUUUAAAGCUGCUCUGUGAUUGGAGGAGAGGGUGAGGUCAAUGUCACGGCUCCACUCAGAGGUCAUCCAGCUGCAGCUCUGGCGGUACCGGGUCACCUGAUCGUAUCGGUAGUUGGAGGGGAUUCAGAAUGCACGCGCAUGCACACACCGGUCCUCCUCCAGAGGUGCAGCACCCCCUCCCCCUCCACCCCCCAGCCUCUGUAUGCGCCGUCACAGUGCAGACAGAGGUUGUAAACAUGGCGGCGGACGGGAUGGUGCUCACCAACCACGACCAUCAGACCCGCGUGGGGAUCCUCACAGUGAGCGACAGCUGCUUCAAGAACCUGGCUGAGGACCGCAGCGGCGUGAACCUGAAGGACCUGGUCCACGACCCUUCGCUACUAGGAGGAGUCAUCGCGGCCUACAAGAUCGUUCCAGAUGAGAUCGACGAGAUCAAGGAAACUCUGCUGGAGUGGUGCGACGAACAGGAGCUGAACCUCAUCCUCACGACCGGAGGGACCGGCUUUGCUCCGAGAGAUGUUACUCCUGAGGCCACCAGGGAGGUGAUCGAGCGAGAGGCUCCGGGAAUGGCUCUGGCUAUGCUGAUGGGAUCUCUCAACGUCACGCCACUGGGCAUGCUGUCCAGGCCUGUUUGUGGUAUUCGUGGCAAAACUCUGAUCAUCAACCUUCCAGGAAGCAAGAAAGGCUCUCAGGAGUGUUUUCAGUUCAUUCUGCCCGCUCUGCCUCACGCCAUCGACCUGCUGCGCGAGGCCACGGUCCGGGUGAAAUCCACGCACGCCGCCCUGGAGCAGCUGCCCUCCCCCUCCCCUCUGCAGGCCAACACGUACGCCAACACACACACCAACACGCACACCAUGGAGCGCGGGACCCAGUGUGAGGAGGAGGAUGACGAAGAGGAGGACCGGAGGAGAGGUCGGCACGCGCACAACCACCACCAUCAUCACCACCACCACCAGCACGGCUCCUCCCACAUCACCGCAGCCGCCAUCGCUGCCAAGAUGAGCCAUGCUGUGCUCAUGGCUAAAGGGAGUCCCUACCUGCCUGGCCACACCCCUGUCCCUCCCACUCAUUUCACCUGCUCCUCUGCCCAUGACCAUCAGAUCCCGGACUCGAUCAUUUCUCGAGGUGUUCAGGUGCUUCCACGAGAUUCGGCCUCUUUAAGCUCCACCCCCUCCGAGUCACCCCGGGCGACACAGGCAACUUCCCGCCUUUCCACCGCUUCGUGCCCGACACCCAAGGUUCAAUCACGAUGUGGCAGCAAUGAGAACAUACUGAGAGCCAGCCACAGCGCAGUUGACAUCAGUAAAGUGGCGCGCCGUCAUCGCAUGUCGCCGUUCCCGCUGACAUCCAUGGACAAAGCCUUCAUCACUGUUCUCGAGAUGACGCCUAUUCUGGGAAUUGAAGUCAUUAACUACAGAGGUAAGUGUGUGUUGUGCAGGAAACCUGACUGUGUGUGUGUCUGUGAUCAGGACUACCUGAAGCAGGUGCUGGAUAUCGACCUGCACGCGCAGAUUCACUUUGGCCGAGUCUUCAUGAAGCCAGGUCUUCCCACUACCUUUGCCACAGUCGACAUCGACGGGACACGAAAACUCAUCUUCGCCCUGCCAGGUAACCCAGUGUCCGCUGUGGUGACGUGCAACCUUUUUGUGAUUCCUGCUCUGAGGAAGAUGCAAGGCAUCCUGGAUCCUCGACCUACAAUCAUCAAAGCGAGGCUCUCCUGUGACGUUAAGCUGGACCCCCGGCCUGAGUACCACCGCUGCAUUCUCACCUGGCAUCACCAGGAGCCGCUGCCCUGGGCUCAGAGCACAGGUAACCAGGUGUCCAGCAGGCUGAUGUCCAUGCGCAGCGCCAACGGCCUGCUGAUAUUCAACCCUCUCAAACAUCUGGAGACAUCUCAGCGAAGCCAUGAAAUCGUCCUCGGUGGGUCAGCGGCUCGUCUUUGGGGCGCCGAGCGAUUUCUCCGCUCCGAUAUAAACGCGAUAAAGACGUCUCUGAUCGCGGUCGUAUCAAGGCUGCGCCACGCUGGCGGUUCAGUCCAACCCUGCGUUCAAGUGGUGUUCGACCAGAGUGUGACGUUCAUGUUAAGGAAGCUCCAGAACCUCUGGGCUCACCUGGAGUGA